AUGGAACAACCAUCAGUUACUUAUUCUGCCACUCAAUCUGUUGAUUAUCUCGAUCAAACUCAUAAAUGGACCAAUACUGAUGUUAUCUCUUCUUAUAAAGAGAUUUGCAAACAAUUUGAUAUUAUUCAAGAGAAAUUACGUGAAGAAGUCGAACAAAAGGAAGAAGUUCUUCCUGCCCAACAAUCUCAACGUGGAAGAAUGGAACGACCAUCAGUCGCUUAUGCUGCCAAAUGGACUGAUGCUGAUGUUAUCUCCUAUUAUAAAGAGAAUAUGCGUCCUUGUGUAAACCAUGUUCUGAUGUCUGGCCGAACGGAAUACUUCCGUAUGAAUUCGACAAUAAUGUGUCCUUGGGAGUUGGGACUUCAAAUCAUUGUGUCAAAUGCAAUGAAUAUGAUCUCCAACGUUAGUUCAGUAAAAUUCGUGAAAAGAACGGAUCAAUCAGAUUAUGUAAAAAUCGUUGAUAAGGUUCCUGUGUUGGAAUUAUCGGUAACCAAGGACUUGCAAAAUUAUCCACAUACUGAGAGUAAUAUUGUACACGAACUGAUGCACGCGUUUGGGUUCUAUCAUGAACACUGUCGUCCAGACCGGGACAAAUAUUUAACCGUUAUAGCUAAAGAAAAUGAUAGAGAUUUUGGAAAAGUAUGUGAGAUGGAUGUGGUGUAUUUUGGUCCGUAUGACCCAGAAUCAACCAUGUAUUAUUUCCCGGGAUGUUAUCCCCAAGGAUAA